UUGGAUGUGCGGAAAAUCGAAUGAUUUUAAGGUAGUUUAAGAUUCAUUAAAAUAUGUAAUAUUAUAGCUGCUGCAAUAUUGGAGCCUACAGAGUUCGAAGGGUUAAAAAGAUGAACAGUUCUCUUGCAAAUCGUUGAAUUCUGUUAUCGACUGUCUUCCUCUGGCACACGGCGGAAGGAGAAUGGGACAAACAUUGUUCUCCAGUCGGACCGUCGCGGCAGUGGUAUGACUGUUCUCAGUUGGACAGCACGGCGAUGACCAGACUGGCGCACUGCGUUCUUAAGGAGAAUGGGAUCGACACUGUUCGCCAGUCCCGCCGUCGCCGCGCGGCUGUCCAGCUAGGAACGGCCAUUCCACUCGCCGCGGCGGUCCGACUGGAGAACAAUGUCAGUCCCAUUCCCCUUACGGCGCGCACCAGAUAGACAUUGCGUUUUCUCACGCAGAAUUCGACAGCGAUUUACAAGAGAACUACUCAUUUUUCACACAUGGUUCCUUUCAGACAAUUUCCCUUCGCGAUGAGUAGAAUACGAUGGCUUCAUCUGAAUCUCAUUUAACCCUUUGUUUGCCACGUAAACUCAUCAAAACUACCAUCUACUCGAAACAUUUUUCAGUAACUAGAAACUGAGAAAUUAAAAUUCUUAAUAAUUGCUCCACUAUCUUAUAUUUCAUGUAUCCAACGAAAUUCGGUUUGUUCGGUCGUCAAAAGAAUCAAUGUCCAAGUUUCUGUAAAAAAUGUCAGCCGAAUUCGGGUGACGUGACAGUCAAAGUGUUAUCACGCCACGAGGAGAAAGUAGAAUGAUACACUCACGUCAACGUCGCGCGAAACUCAACGGAAGGGUCCAUAACAGUCGCGUCCGUCUCCGUGAGUCGUUCGCCGGUUCUCCAGUGCCAGAGGAUGAUCCGGAAAUCGGGGUGGAUCGUCUGGCCGAGCAAGUAUUCGGUGCCAGCGAACGCGCAACACGAGUAACCGGUCGCCGCGUUGCUCUCGGCGCACCUCGCUAUCCGUCGCAGCGACGGAUAGACGAACACCGAUAUAAGAGGGUUCGACUUCCUCUCUACUAGAGAGAAGAUCGGAGCCACCUGCGAACGUCAACAAGACGAUCGGAUCGAUCUUGUACUUGACCCUUGCGUUACGAUACAUUUGUUAGAAGUAUCGUUAGUAAAAGAAAAUAUUCCAUGAUCUUUCUAUGUCCAGAUUUAGUGCAAACCAUACAAUUGCUAACAAGAAUAAUAAUGUUUCAUUUGAACUUAACGCAACUCAAUGACACUUCUGUUUGUUAAACCACAUUAGAAACCUUCACCUGACACAAUAUUGUAAGGCAAGGGGUUAAAGCUGAGAAGACAGAGAGAAACUGGAGCACUUGCGACGAAGAGAAUAAAAUUCCUAAUCUCGCUAACUUCAUUCUCCCUCGUUACACCUUGCUUUGUUGCAUAUUCGGACAUUCUUCCAGUUUCUUUGGCUCUUUUCAGCUUUGACGACAAUCGAAGUCUGAUCCAUAAUAUUAUACCGAGAGCCCGGCGACGCGAGACGCGCCGUCUCCUCUCUCGCGACCCUCGAAUCUCUCGAUGCGCGUCUCCCCGCUGCUCCAGUCGAAGAAGCGCGCGUACACGCCCGAGACGAUCGCGAUCGCGUCCCUCCCGACGAACGCGAAGUCUCGAGCUUCCCCGAACUUCGCCCAUCUGUGGAAACGGGAAAGCGAAGGUGUUGAAUAUAAUUAUUUUUGUAAAAAUGAACGACACAACGCUCGGCGCGUGCAAUAAAAAGAUGGCUGUUCUCGGGAAAAACAAUGGACUGCGAGGACUGAUACGUACGAGGUCUCCGCGCUCGAGUACCGCAUGACUUCCCGGUGAAUCUGAAUCGACUGCGUCCACUGACCGCGUUCGCCGGCAACUUUCUUCGCAGCGGUUGCCGGGAUACCUGGGAAUCCUAUCGAUCACGCUACCAUCGAGACACGGACGUUUCCCUUUCGUUCCCGUGUAAACUCCAAAUGUCUUCGAAUUGCUAGCAAUGAAAGUUUAUCAAAAAUGAAAGUGGACUGUAUACUCGCUGGUGUCAGAGUUCAAUUAUUCCCUUCGAAAAGGCUUUGGACUCUCACUCCUCGUAUUGUUUUAUAGACUUCGAUGUAGUUUUUACCUUGAGUUGACACGUAGACUGCCAACUACGAGACAGCUGGCAUUAUCCUAGGACGCCGACUAUGAGUUAUCUCGUGAGAACUUUAACCCUUCGUACUCGAGAGGUCUCGCGGUCACUUGAUUCGAUACAAAACUAUGAAGUUGAAUAUUUAAUAUAACAAGUUAUCUCGUGGAAACUAAGAAUAACAUAAUAAGAUCGAAUCAAAUUAGCUUCUGGGAAACCUACAGUUUGGCAGUGAACGUGUCAAAGAAUAUUUCGGAGCACGAUUUGCAUGUCUAACAACCCGCGACCGAAUUUUGCCACGGUGCACGUGUCUCGGUCGCGGCGGGAAUGCGAACGCCGAUCUUAGUAGGUCGAUAUCAUCGUCGUAGGAGGGUUCGAUGAAUCGUGAGACCGUUAUCGCGAUAACGCACUCCGCAUAACAAUGUACCGACACCUUUCCGCGCUCGGGGAUUUCCUCUCCUCGGAUUUCCAUCAGCCCAUCGCGCUGCUCGAGCAAACACGACGUCGAGUUCCACCGACGAACCCGAGGAACCCGACGAAAACCUCACACUUCGAUCUCCAAGACUCACGAUAAGCUCUGUCCUCGACAAGCAGGUGACCGGGUGAAAAGAAAGCUCGGAAAUAGGCCGAGCACCGCUACUCGCUUAAUAUGCCGGAGACGCGCGCGCGACGAGCGAAGCGUUCCCUUGCUCGGCGCGUCGGCGUCGCUCGAAAACUCAGAACACCGGGAAUCGUUCGAUCGCUAGGACCGCGAGUGAAUCCCCUCGAUCCAGUGUUGUUCACGAGGACCGUGAUCGUUCCGAAAGGGAGAAUGAUCGUGUCGCUCGGUAAAAAUUCGCGACUCUUUCGCGUUUGCCUCGCGCUGCUCUUGAUUGGUCCGUCGAGCUGCGAGGACGCGGCGAACGCGACGUCGGUCGAGUCGACGGAGAAGAUCGGCACGGUGCUCGGCGACGAGAAGCAAGGUUGGACGAUCGCGACUGCGAAAUCGAAAUCGGCGACUCGAUCGAGCUGGCCCAAAGACAGCUACCUCGAGGCGCUGCGGCACUCGCGCACCAGCACGGACCCUCGCGAGGGCCUCGUGUCGGCAGACGGAGACGCUCAGCAGAAUAGUCCCAAGAAUGGUCCCGCGAGCACCCGCGCGACGUCUCAGCGCAGGCGAGAGUACGUCCCCGGACCGGUCUACGUCGGCAAGGAUUACGAAAGCUCGACGUCGCCGAGGAUCGUUUACGGCGCGCCCGAUCGGGACUCCUUCUCCAUGGUCCCCAGCGAUUCCUACAGCCUCCCGAGCCACGCUUCCGGCGAUUUUCAUGGGAUACAGAACUCGUACGGCCCGCCGCAGUCGCAACCACCGCGCCCCGCGUACGGCCCGCCCAGCAAUUAUCCCGCGUACGCCGAUUAUACGCCUGCCGGAUACGCGGCGUCACACCAAGCGUACGGACCGCCGGCGCCAGUUUACGGGAACGGAUUGGGCCACGGAAUGUUCGAGUCGCCGCACAUCGUGCUGCCGACGGUGGACUUCUCUUGGCCGUUCGCGCUCAAGCUGAACGCCUUCACCGUGGCCAAGAUCCUCCUGAAGCUGGUCAUCUUCAAGAUGAUAGUCAAGUUCAUAGCGGUCAUUUGCCUGCUGCUCUUCAUUCCGAAGCUCGAGAUCAAGAAGGGCAACAAGAACGGCUCGAACAACAACGACGACGACGACGACGAGGACGAAGGACGUCAGUUUUUCGACGGCGACCUGCGGUUCUGGCAGCGACUGAACGCGUUGACGGCGUUCGUCAGCGACGCCGUCGACAAGUACCAGGCUCUGAACGGGGCCCGCUCCACCGUCAGCGACGAGUACAAGAGCUCGCGGAGACCGCAUCGCGAGGACUGGCAAGACUACGCGUAUCUUCUGAGGAGCUACGCGCUGGAGGAAACGGGACACUCGCACGCAUCUUAGCGUCUAGUCGAUCUAAUAUUUAUUUCUCAU